CUGAUCUUCCGCUCUGGUUCAUUUCAAAAGAGAGCCGUGCGAGGUCCUCCUCCUCUAGAAUUCAAGGAUGCGCAUUCACUUCCAUCGGUGUGGCCCUGGCCUUGACCACCCUUUCCACCACAAGCCGCCUGUGAUCGUCGCCAGCAUCAGCCAUGCACGGGCUCUUCUUUCCAAAGCCUCAAUAAUGUCGGCACGCUCUUCCCUAUCGCCGCUAACAUCAGGUCCUCCUCUUCCUCCUCUGUCGUAUCCACCUCUCCAUACCACAAGUUUCCCAGCGGAUGUGCCAUGAGAGGAGCAUGUACAGUUUAACUGUCGUGUACGAGUAGCUCCGCUCGCAAACUCUCACUCUUUUCUGUCUUCCCAUAAAUCUUCUGCCUUGGCUGUCAUUCGACAUUCCGACAGCUCUUGCUUCUUUACCCGGGAGAAGCUGCCUCCCUGUUGUCGCCACUUUGCUGUUCUCUUGUCAUUGUACAUAUCCUCCGUCACUGUGAUCUUUCCCUUCUAUACUACCUAGGUGUACAACUAUACCAGACCACACUAUACUAUACUAUACUAUACUAUACCAUACCAUAUCACACCACUACACUACUUCACUGAUCUAUUCGAUCUCCAGCUCAAGCUAUCACAUUGUCAACACCAUCUCUGAGAGAUACGCCCUUUUCAUACGCCACCUAUACGCCCGAUCACGGCUACGUCAAUUUGACCCAGACACCUAUCUCGCCACCCGGGUACGGACCAGUGUGUCCCUCAUCGAGGCCAUGCCAGCAUCAUGCAAGCGUGAGCAACCAGUGUCCAGUGGCACCGUGGACUCCAAGAUGCCGCCGGUAAGGACCACACCGCCUGCCAAGGCGAUAAAGACGGAGCGGACACAUGAAGAAAAUCAAGAGAGAGCAUAUAUCGCGGCUUCAAGGCGGAGCGACCGAAGUCUAGAGGCCCGAGUUGAGUCAGCACGGCGAGCCUCCGAAAUUCACAAGCGCAGGACCGGCCGGGCGCUGCGUGUCACCGAGCAAGAUGUGAUCAACGAGGAGAUGUAUGAAGAGGAGGAUGAUGACUUGCCAUCACAGUAUCGUCGACUCACAGCACAUCUACAGACCGGAUCGGCCGACUUCAAUCGAAGACUAGCCGCCUACCUCACUAACCAGGUGGCGAUGCGCAGUGCAAUGGAGCAGAUGGUGCAGAAUUCCUACGCCCAAGCCUUUCCCGGACAGUACCAGCAGCAGCAUCAGAACAUGUUUCCAUCACCGAUGCUUCCACCACAAAACAUGGGCCAGUCUGCCCAGUCGACAUACCGGACUACACCAUAUCCAAAUCCUCAUCACCCCGGCUUCCGGACCAACCAGGGUCGAGCACUGUCUAUGGCCUCGGGGACACCCCAGUCUCAUCAGGACUCAACCUCUCCGACCCUCGCGGCACAACAGCCUCCCAACAUGCUCGGACAGCGCCGCAUGUCUACGCCGGCGACGAUUAACCCGUCCGAGGUCAAGUCCGAAUCGGAUUAUAUGCAUCAACCCUCGAUCACUGGAUAUCCGUCCUUCUCCGGUUCAAAUGACUGCCCUCCUCUGUGGCAGGACAUGGGACCUUUGACGACCUCUCUACCUCCCGAGUCUCAACAGAUGCUCGCGAAUGCACCAGGCUUCGACACCACCGAUCCCAGUUAUUCCAUGCUUAUGCAAGGCAGCGACCAGUAUAUCUCGACUCCCUACUACCCAUGGCACGACGGUAUGCAUCACGGCGAUGGCGGGAUCAAAGGCAUGCCGGUACACCCCUCGAAUUACCCAAGCAUGUCUGUCACGUUGGCCCCUUCGGCACUGGAGCAGAAUAACAACCUUGUCUCCGCCGAUGGGAUCACAGACCAUCAAAAUCCGACAGGUUCGACGCCCAGUGCACCUACUUCCGGGCUCGACUUUAACUUCAGCCAAGACAGCAAAGGAUUCCCAUUCGGCGCCGGUUCCGGACAGGUUACGCCAGCAGGCGAAGGUUUCUGGGACCACUUUGUCAUGGACGGGUCCUGGGAGGAUGGGAACAAUACUGUUCCUGCUGUACCUGGCUUACCUUCUUCAUCCGACGAGCACAGUGCGCAGGCCACUCUGUCACCGUGAGGUGUUGAGCCGACGGGGUAAGCAAGGUGCUGAUUUAUCCGCACCUGUACGGUGUACUUCCCCCUUUCGCCCCUUCGGCAGACAGGGCACUCAGGCGUCCUUUUGUUUAUCGGGAGACACUGAGGAGAUGCUCUCACGGGCCCCCUAUCCAUCUGGGUCGGACGCGCAGUUUGGAGGAUACCAAGCUCUGCCAGCCAGGGUGAUUGACUUUUGGUUUCUGGCCUGCCAAGUCUAUUUAAUUCAUGUACACAUAUAGUGGCUGACCCAAGGGUGAGGUGAGACUUGUCAAGAGGGGGAUAUAUGCCAGAUGGGUGUUCAUGCCGUAUAAAUAUAUAUAUAUGUAUAUAUAUACAUAUUUGUAUAUCUUGAGGACAUGAGCGGUCUCUGGAAGGGCAUAGCAUCACAAAACCAACACUUUCUUCUUCGGAGGAAAACUCGUACAAUGAGGAAAGGAGACCAAAGGGAACAAAAAUGGAUCAAAGCAACAAUUUUUGCCUGAUGAUGCCACAACUGGAUGAGAGAAUACCGAGUAAUAAUAUAAUGCGCGUCACAGUACGGCACGGUUCAUCACCGGAGGAGAGGCGUUGGAGUCAUACCUAUCACACACUACUAUUCAAACUCUGUAAUGCCUUCUUCACUCUCCGAUCAUAUCACCAUGCCAUCUCGCUCCGGACAUGGAGAAGACCCCAGAGAGAUUGAUCUACCAUGGUUAGGGUUGGGGUAUGGGAUGGGUCGAAAUCAUACGUAUAGAUGAAAAGUCCAGGCAUACAUGCCGAGAAACAUGAUCACAUUGCUUCGCCAUCAAGUCUUCUUAAAGAAACCUUGGGUUCUUUUCUUCUACCUCUCUCAUACGACGCUUGUUCUAAUUUUCUUCGCUGAUGCUUCCAAGAAAAAAGGAAAGAAAAAAGGACUUUGCUGUUUACCACCACUACUCUUGUGUUCCUGUAGGAGGCAAACACAACACAACCCCAGCGCCAAACUGAACCAAUUGGGAAAUUUUUGUUCUCUCUCUCUCUCUCUCUCUCUCUCUUCUCACCACAAUUUCAAAGACCAUCCCAAUCUCUCAUCCGGUAGGUUUUCGGACCAAAUCCGCCGACGGCCUCAGAUUCGAACCUUGCGGCGCGGGCCUGGAGCCAUUGUCGAAACUCUUCCGCACGCUGCUCGAACUGCUCCGUCUCCGCCGCAUGCGUAUCUCGUUGGGGUCGGCGGCAUUGGUCAGCCCGCCGGCGCGAGCAAAGAGGACCAGAAUGUCCGUCAGGCUCACCACGCCGACCAGGCG